UUUCUAGUUGGAUUCAGUGCGGCAUGAAAUGUCAGUUCCUGGCUGACUGACAGCUGAAUAAGGUUAGCUUUUUAUUUAGGUCAAAAAGUUCCGUCAAUGAACAUGUUUGUGCUGUGAUGUACAUAUUCCAGAAAAAAUAGAACAAAAAUGAACAUAUUUUGAAGAAUAAAACCGAUGACAGUGAACCCAAUAACAAAAUGAACGUGGUCUUCUUAUGAAAACAACAAAAAAGUCGACUUCUAUUUAUAAAACUACGGUCAUUUGAAUAACAGAUGUGAUAAACUGAAUAAACAAAAGUAAAACACAAUGGAAGGGUCGAACAAAGAGAAAAAACUGUCGUGGACCGAACUUAAGGAAGUUGUCAGUGAUCUCCGGAGACAACUAUCUGGCUUAUCAUCUAUGGUACCCUCUUCAGUUACAUUCAGGACACUACCAGAUGGUCGCACACGAAUUUAUUUUUUGGGAACACCUCAAAAUGGAUGGGAGACAACUUUAUUAUAUGCAGAUGUACCAAAUGUAUGCCAAAACACCACCACCAAACUGCAAUGGCAGUCUGUGAUUGAAAGUAAUUUUCCCACUCUCUCAUCAUCUAAUAAGUUUUCUAGAGAGGAACAGUUGUUAUGGGAGAGAAAAAGACUGGCAACAUGGGGUAUCACCACUUAUGAACUGCACACAGACUCAGGAAAAAUUGUUUUUCCAACUGCCAGUAGUUUGUUCUACUGCAUUGAUAAUGGAUUUUCGAACGGCCCACUGUUUCCAACCAAACUUAGAAUGACGCCUUCUGGGGCACAGAUCAAUUCCCAAAUCUGUCCAUCCAACCCAGAAUUGGUUGCUUAUGUGUGCAAUCAUGAUAUUUGGGUAACUCACACUGGAUCUGGGUCUAAUGUAAGGCUGACUUAUGCCCAUAAAGGUGGGAGAAACCUGGCUGAUGACCCCCUUUGUGCUGGGGUUCCGUCAUAUGUUAUGCAGGAAGAGUUUUGUAGAUAUCAAGGAUACUGGUGGCAACCAAAGUGUACAGGUGGUGUUUAUCGAAUUUUAUAUGAGGAGGUGGACGAUGGGGACGUAAAGGUGUUUUGUUUUCCGUCGUCGCAGUCGGACUCGGGCGAGGUUGAAGAGUUCAGGUUCCCUCGGGCGGGCUGCGCCAAUUCCAAAUCGUAUCUCAAAAUGGUUGAAUUCAGAGUCAACGAGUUCAAACAGAUCGACGACGUGUGCAUGCUCGAACUUCAAUUCUCGCUCGCGAUGCUUUUCCCCUGGAUGGAGUACAUUGUCCGCGUUGGAUGGACCCCCGAUUCCGAAUACAUUUGGGCUCAAAUCUUAGAUAGGAGACAACAAAGACUGGACAUAGUGCUACUGUCAUUAAGUAAUUUUACCGAGGUGCUUCCGAUCUACGACGACGCAACGAACGUGAGCCUAAGCAGUCCGAUGGUUCAUGUGAUCUACACCCAAGAAUCUUCGGUUUGGGUCAACGUCCACGACCUCCUCUACUUCCUGCCGUCCACCGAUCAGAACGAGGUCCAAUUCAUUUGGGCCUCGGAGGAGACCGGCUUCCGACAUCUCUACCUAAUCACUUCUCAACUUAUGAGCUACACCAACGGAGUGACAGAGAAUGCAGAGCCUAUGGAUUAUGUUUUCAUGAGACCCAAGGUUGUUUCAAAGGUGGCGCUCACGUCGGGCGAGUGGGAGGUACUAGGCGAGAGCAUAUGGGUUGAUACUGAAAAGCAACUGAUUUACUUCAUGGGACUGAAGGAGACGCCUCUCGAAAAGCAUUUAUAUGUGGUGUCUCUUAGAAGGCCUGGAGAAGUACGGUUGUUAACGCGACCGGGUUUCUCUUAUAACGUCGAUUUCAAUAAGGAAUGUUCUAUGUUUGUAACAGUCUACAGCAACAUUCAAAAAUUACCGGCCUGUCAGAUUUUCCGAGUGGGCCACUCCAAUUGGACAGUGGAAGGAGUGACGAUCUCCCCGAUUGGUUAUCUAUUGGAGAGCAGCAACUUCGUACAGGAGAACUUAUGCCCGGAGCUGUACACGCACGAAAUUAAUGCGGGGCAUGUAUUGUAUGCGAUGGUCUUCAAACCGCACAACUUCCAGCCGGGGAAAAAAUACCCCACUGUGCUGAACGUGUAUGGAGGUCCGGAGGUCCAACUAGUCUCGAAUACUUUCAAGGGAAUGAGGCAGUUGCGGAUGCACAUGCUGGCGGCAAGGGGCUACUGCGUAGUGGCGAUAGACUCGCGCGGCUCGCAGCACCGCGGCUUGCACUUCGAGAGUUUCAUCAAGCGGCGGAUGGGAACCGUUGAGCUUAAUGACCAAGUGGAAGUACUCAAGUGGUUGCAUGACACUGUGGGCUACAUAGACUUAAGCCGGGUGGCAAUACAUGGAUGGUCUUACGGUGGAUACCUGAGUUUAAUGGGUCUUGUACAAUAUCCGGAUUUAUUUAAAAUUGCAAUAGCCGGAGCGCCUGUGACUAGUUGGAACUUGUACGAUACAGGUUAUACAGAAAGGUACAUGGAUCUGCCAGAGAGAAAUCCACAAGGAUACUAUGAAGGUUCUGUUCUGAAUUAUAUUUCAAAAUUUCCUGAUGAGGAAAACAGACUGCUGAUCAUCCAUGGGCUAAUAGACGAAAACGUCCACUUUUACCAUACCAGUCAGUUAAUAAACGGAAUGAUCAAAGCAGGAAAACCGUACCAGUUACAAGUUUACCCUCACGAAAGACACUCACUGAGACAUUUGGACGCGAGUAAACACUAUGAAACUACCCUGUUAUCAUUUCUGCAGAACCAUCUUUAGAAAAUCGUUUAAAAUUUAACAGAAAGACAAUUGUUUGUGAUUGGUUUGUUAGCAGAGCAAGUAUUUAUGAGUAUUACAGAUAAAAAUUAAUAUUUAUCGGAGUUUAAAGACAUUUUUUUUAAUUUUAUAACAUCAGCAUAUUCUACAGUAUUGGUCAACGAAUAUUUUAUAUUAUUUGUUUUAGAUUUUUAUGCAUAUCAUCAAAAAUACUACCGAUAAUUAUUCUAAUUUUUAAAUGACUUGCCUGUGAUAAAUGGAGUAUUCUGAAAUUUGUUUUGUCGUGUCUCAUUGAUAUACGUAAAUUUUAUAUAUAAAAAUCUGUAACGUUUAUUCAUCCGAAUAUUUAAUUGCAAUCAAGUGGGGACUGUCACUGUCAUUUUUCAACAUAUUUUCAAUCAAAUUUUACAAUAUUUUAUAAAGUGAAUCCUCAACACUGUCGAUAUUUUAUUACGUCUGCGAAAUUGUAAAUAUGAUUAUAUCUUGAGUUCUUGUACAUAUAUAUAUUUUUUAUUAAGUUUUACUAUAAUGUCUUCUUUUUUUAUAACUUCAAACUGUGAUUAUCACUUUAUAUAUUGUAAUACCAAAUCAUUUUCCAUUGAUUGACAUUGAUUUAUUCAUUGAAUUUUCUUACAUAUAAUAUCGUGAAAUGUUACAUUAUGUUGAUCCAUCAGUCCUGUUUAAUGUUUCAAUACAAAAACAGCAGCUUAUACAAUAAAUAAUAACCAGGUUUUUUGCAAUUUACUAUUGUAAAUAAUAUAAAUAAUUUUAGGAGAUUUUAAUAAUUGUAUAAAUUUGUAAUAGGUUAUUUAUAUUCAAUUUCUAAUAAAGUACUUGAUUGUUUUUAUAUUAAA